AUGCUAGCUGACACGAAGAUGUGGCUCCAGUUUCUUCCAUCGCUCCUGUUGCUGCUGACGGCGGCCGCACAAGCAGCGAGCUUCUGCCCAGAGAAGGAUGUAAUUUCUCCAUGCGAAUGCACCCGCGACUAUGAGAACGCCAGCGUGAGCGUCUAUUGCUCCGGCUCGCACAUGUCGGCGGCAGAGAUGACGGCCAUCGUUGGCCGCUUGCAGAACACGACGAUGAGUCGCCUUCAGAUCAUCGGCUUCGCCGACCUGACCGAGAUACCGGCAGGCAUGUUCAGCGAUCUAGAGAUAUUUUCGCUGACCAUCCGCUCCUCUAGCCGACCGACGAUGAAUGCGCAGUCGUUCGCGGGUAUACGCGGCCUGAUAGAGCUGAUCCUGACGUCGCUUGGGAUGACCGAGCAGCCGUCGGUGAUCUUCCCCUCGGUCAGCCAUGUCGAAUUCCUGGAUCUCAGCUACAAUCGCUUCACCACGCUGCCUGAAAGAAUAUUCUCCCCCUUCAGGCAACUACUUAGGCUCUUUCUACAAUUCGGCUCACUCACUACCAUUGCACCCAACGCGCUGGGAGGUCUGUCAACACUAGAGUACUUGGACUUGUCGCAUAACAAAAGCGGGUUCAUCAAACCGGGGCUCUUUGCCGAAAUGGGACAACUCUACACGAUGAUGCUGAAAUAA